AUGGAUUUACGGAGGCUUUGCGCGGCUAUACUGUGUUUAAAUUCAAUCGUUGUAGUCUUUUUCAACCAUCCAGCUACCGUGACAGCUAGUGAUAUAGUCAACGACGACGAUUCCGCUCCGAAGAAGCCUGGUUGCGACAACGAUUUUGUACUGGUAAAAGUUCAAACUUGGGUUGAUGGCAGAGAGAAUGCCGAGUUUGUUGGCGUUGGUGCUAGAUUUGGCACUACUGUUGUAUCGAAAGAGAAAAAUGCAAUCCAAACUCGCCUUACUCUUUCAGACCCUCGGUAUUGUUGCAGUCCGCCAAAGAACAAGUUUAGUGGAGAUGUCGUCAUGGUGGACCGAGGUCAAUGCAAAUUCACAACCAAGGCAAAUGUUGCAGAAGCUGCUGGUGCUUCAGCAGUCCUCAUUGUAAAUAACCAAAAAGCCGGUAGCCUCUAUGGAGCGCCAGAACCAGCCAUUUCACAAUCUGUUGAAGAAAUAACGAAGCUAGCCCUUCCUGGGCAUUUAUCAAAUUUUAGCCUUUUAUUGUAA